AUAAAAACUCAACCACCCUUGAGCAGGAUGAGCCGGGAAGAAUUGGAGGACAGUUUGUUUCGUCUUCGUGAAGAGCACUUGUUGGUGAAGGAGCUUUCUUGGAAGCAACAGGAUGAGAUCAAAAGCAAUACUAUGCAAGUGGAAGAACCGCUUAAGUCUCCUGAGAAAAUAUGGUCCAAAGAUGAAAAUUUUGAACAGAGAAGCUCUUUGGAGUGUGCUCAGAAGGCCACAGAGCUUCGAGCUUCUAUUAAGGAGAAUAUAGAGCUGAUUCGACUUAAGAAGGUCUUACAUGAAAGGAAUACCUUAUUGGUAGUGACAAAAACACAAUUAACAGAAGUUCAAGAGGCCUAUGAAACUCUGCUCCAGAAGAAUCAGGGAGUCCUAAGUACAGCCCAUGAUGCCCUCCUCAGCCAAGUGGACGAGCUCAGGGCAGAGCUGAAGGAGGAGAGCAAGAAGGCUGUGAGCUUGAAGAGCCAACUGGAAGAUGUGUCCAUCCUGCAGAUAACACUGAAGGAGUUUCAGGAGAGAAUUGAAGAUUUGGAAAAAGAACGACAAUUGCUGAAUGACAAUUAUGACAAACUCUUAGAAAACAUGCUGGACAGCAGUAACGAGCCUCCCUGGAGCAAUGGGCUCUUAGAAGAACAGCUACAGCAGAAAGUCUCUCAGUUGCAGGAUCAGCUGGAUGCUGAGCUGGAGGAGAAGAGAGAAGUCUUACUUCAGCUGUCCAGAGAGAGAGCUCAGAACGAGGAUCUGAAGCUUGAAGUUGCUAACCUCCUUCAGAGGCAUAAACAGGAAGUAGAGAUCCUCCAAAACAAAGACACAAUAUCCCAAUCUCCUGACAGGCAAUCAGAACCAGCUACUCACCCGCCUCUAUUCCGAGAGACCACUCAGAUAGAGCCCUGUGAACCAAAAAACCAAGAAGAAAAUAAACUGUCCCAGAUGUUAAGUGAGUUGCAAGUAUCGCAUGCAGAGACCACACUGGAACUGGAAAAGACCAGAGACAUGCUUAUUCUACAGCGCAAAAUCAACAUGUGUUAUCAGGAGGAACUGGAGGCAAUGAUGACAAAAGCCCAUAAUGAAAAUAGAGAUCACAAAGAAAAACUGGAGAGGUUGAAUCAACUCCUAGACCUCAAGAACAAUCGUAUCAAUCAGCUGGAAGGUAUUUUAAGAAGCCAUGGCCUUCCAAUAUCCGAACAGCUCAAAGAUGUGGCUUACGGCACCCGAGAGUUGUCAUUAUGUCUGGAAACACUGCCAGCCCGUGGAGAUAAGGAUAAAGUGAACAUUUCUCCACUGCAUCAGAGUGAGAAUCUUUUUGAACUGCACAUCCACCAGGCCUUCCUGACAUCUGCUGCCCUGGCUCAGGCUGGAGACACUCAACCUACCACUUUCUGCACCUAUUCCUUCUAUGAUUUUGAAACCCACUGUACCCCACUAGCUGUGGGGCCACAGCCCCUCUAUGACUUCACCUCCCAGUAUGUGGUGGAGACAGAUUCCCUUUUCGUGCACUAUCUUCAAGGGGCUUCAGUCCGGCUUGAUCUAUACCAGGCUAUUGCCAGUGAGCACUACACCCUUGCAGCCGGAUGGAUUUGCUUUGACAGGGUGCUGGAGACUGUGGAGAAAGUCCAUGGCUCUGCCACACUGACUGGAGCUGGUGGAGAAGACUUCGGGGUGCUAGAGUACUGGAUGAAGCUGCGCUUCCCCAUAAGAUCCACCCUACAGGCAUGUAAUAAGCAAAGGAAAGCCCAGGCCUACUUGUCAGCCAAUGUGCUUGGAGCCUGGGAGGCCCAGGAGGAUGAGUUUAGAUCAAAGACUUGGAAGCAUCAGAAUGAGCUGCAAGUGGAAAUCAUCAGGUGCUGUGGCCUCCGGAGUCGAUGGCUGGGAACCCAACCCAGUCCAUACGCCAUGUACCGCUUCUUCACCUUUUCUGACCAUGACACUGCCAUCAUUCCAUCCAGUAAUGAUCCCUACUUUAGAGACAAGGCUCAAUUCCCAGUUCUUAUGACCUCUGACCUGGAUCAAUAUCUGAAGUGGGAGGCCCUGUCUGUGUAUGUUUUUGAUGAUGAAGACCCGGAGCCUGGCUCUUACCUUGGCCGAGUCCAAGUGCCCUUGCUUCCUCUUGCACAAAACAAAUCCAUUAAAGGUGAUUUUAACCUCACUGACCCUGCGGGGAAACCCAAUGGAUCUGUUCAGGUGCAGCUGGAUUGGAAGUCUCACUACUUACCCCCAGAGAGCUUCCUGAAACCAGAAGCUCAGAUUGCGGAGAACCAUACCAAGGACGGUGUAGAGAUCUCACCUGAAAAGGAAGAGGCUUCCUUUCCUCUCCAGGACCAGGGGGCAUCCGCUGAGAUUCCUAUUGAAGCUGGCCGGUAUCAAGCUAAGAGCAAACCUCCUCAGGUGGGAGAAAGGAAGGAAAGGGAACAUCAGGUUGCAAACUACUCAAGAAGAAAACACGGCAGAAGAACAGGCAUUCAAGGGAAGAACAGAAUGGAAUAUCUUAGUCGUAACAUCUUAAAUGGAAAUACACUGCAGCAGGUAAACUACGCUGAAUGGAAGUUCUCAGGGCUUAAGAUCUCCAUAGAUGACGGUCUGAAAAAUCAGAAAAAGAAAGAGGAAAUGACCUCAUCCCAUUCAGCACUGAUGCAGAAGGAAGCCCUACAUCCUGUAAAUGACAAAGAAUCCUGUGAACAAGCUUCUGAAGUCAGUGAAGCACAAACUACAGACAGUGACGACAUAGUGACACCCGUAUCUCAGAAAUGUCCUAAGGCAGAGUCAGAGAAGAUGUGCAUUGAAAUUGUCUCCCUGGCCUUCAACCCCGAGGCUGAAGUGAUGUGUGAUGAGAACGUAAAACAGGUGUACGUGGAGUACAGGUUCUAUGAUCUGCCCUUGUCAGAGACAGAGACCCCAGUGUCCCUGAGGAAGCCGAGGGCGGGAGAGGAGAUCCACUUCCACUUCAGCAAGGUGAUAGACCUGGACCCACUGGAGCAAAAAGGCCGAAGGCAAUUUCUCUUUGCCAUGCUGAACAGACAAGAGCCUGAGCAAGGACGUUUAAAGUUUACCGUGGUAAGUGAUCCUAUCGAUGAGAAGAAAGAAUGUCAAGAAGUAGGAUACGCAUAUCUGGAGCUGUGGCAGAUCAUGGAAUCAGGAAGAGACAUUCUAGAGCAAGAGCUAGACAUUGUUAGCCCUGAAGAUCAGGCUACCCCAAUAGGAAGGCUGAAGGUGUCCCUUCAAGCGGCUGCUGCCCUCCAUGCUAUUUACAAGGAGAUGACUGAAGAUUUUUUUCGUGAUGGAACAAGUGCUGUUCCAUUCUAAACUCUGAGGGAACCAUAGUAAAAAGUCUCUUAUAAAGUAACUUGCUAUACCAU